GAGCAACCGCACCCUCUGCCGCCCCUUCCCUCCACCUCUCCCUCCUUUCUUCCCCCCGAAAACUUCAAAUCACCCGGCAAAAAUCGAAACUUUUCCCCAAUCUUCCGCCGCACGGCGCCUUCCCCCGCGCCCGCUCCUCCUUCCCUCCCAAGGAGCCGCCAAAUCCUUUCCAAUUCGAAAUCUUCCCUCCCGAUCCCACCCUAUAAACCUCCUCCAACCCCCGCUCCAUUCCCCCACACCAGAACCACCGCCAGUCCCAUCUCCCAAAUCCCUACGCAGAAAUCCUUCCCACAUCGAGGCCAGCGCCGCCGCCGCCGCCGAAUUCCAAAGAUGCCUGCCGCCCUCUCCAUGGUGCCCGCCUGCGACGCGGAGGAGCCGCUCCUGGCGGAGUCGUCGGACCGCUUCUCCAUGUUCCCCAUCCGGUUCCCGCAGAUCUGGGAGUUCUACAAGAAGGCGGUGGCCUCCUUCUGGACCGCCGAGGAGGUGGACCUCUCCUCCGACGCGCGCCACUGGGACACCACGCUCUCCAACGACGAGCGCCACUUCAUCUCCCACGUGCUCGCCUUCUUCGCCGCCUCGGACGGCAUCGUGCUCGAGAACCUCGCCUCCAGGUUCAUGUCCGACGUGCAGGUCGCCGAGGCCAGGGCCUUCUACGGCUUCCAGAUCGCCAUCGAGAACAUCCACUCCGAGAUGUACUCCCUGCUCAUCGAGACCUACAUCCGCGACGACGUCGAGAAGGACCGCCUCUUCCGCGCCAUCGACACCAUACCCGCCGUGCGCCGCAAGGCCGACUGGGCCCUGCGCUGGAUCGACGGUGGGGAGCGCUUCGCCGAGCGCAUCGUCGCCUUCGCCUGCGUGGAGGGCAUCUUCUUCUCGGGCUCCUUCUGCGCCAUCUUCUGGCUCAAGAAGCGCGGGCUCAUGCCGGGCCUCACCUUCUCCAACGAGCUCAUCUCCCGCGACGAGGGCCUGCACUGCGACUUCGCCUGCCUCCUCUACGACAUCCUGCGCGGCAAGCUGGACGAGUCACGCGUCUUCGAGAUCGUCUCCGAGGCCGUGGACAUCGAGAGGGAGUUCGUCUGCGACGCGCUGCCCUGCGCGCUCGUCGGCAUGAACGGCGACCUGAUGAGCCAGUACAUCGAGUUCGUCGCCGACCGCCUGCUCAUGGCGCUGGGCUGCAAGAAGCUGUACAACGCCACCAACCCGUUCGACUGGAUGGAGCUCAUCUCCCUGCAGGGCAAGACCAACUUCUUCGAGAAGCGCGUGGGCGAGUACCAGAAGGCGUCCGUCAUGUCCAACCUCAACGGCGGCGCCGCGACCCAGCACGUCUUCAGCAUCGACGAGGACUUCUGAUCAGUCCGAUGAUAAUAUGCAAUCUCCAUUACCAAUGGCUCGCUCGCUCGCUCGCCCCCCGCGUCUGGUUGCUCCUUAGUCCUAGUAGUAGUAGCGGUGAUACAUGUGUGCUGGGUGCUCCACAAUGUUUUUAUUUACUGUUAUUUCGCUGUCUCUUAUUGGUGAUGUACUGAUGUAUUGUAAUGAAUCAAGGUAUUGCUUCUGAAUAAAUAAACAUCUUGUGCUGCCCC